AUGACGGUGCGCGUACGGCUGCAGAGGCUCGGUCGCCGUAACAGGCCCUUCUAUCGAGUCGUGGUAGCCGACUCAAGGGCUCCCAGGGAUGGGAAAUUCAUUGAGCUGGUGGGCACCUACAACCCGCUCGCUACCCGCAGCGGUGUGAAGGAGGUCACGUUUAAGGUGGACAGGAUACGCUACUGGAUUUCGGUCGGUGCUCAGCCGAGCGACAGGGUGGCAUGGCUUCUGGGGCAGUUCGGAAUACUGCCGCCCAAGGUUGUCCCCGUAGCACGGACGAAGCAGACAGUGCCGAGGAAGGAGUGGAAGGAGCUCCAGAAGCAGCAGGCUGGGAGCAAAGGUUUCCACACGUCGGCGGCGUGUUUCAGCGCUCUCCAACCCGGGGCUGGCGAGCCAGCUAGUGACCCCCUCCCACGGACUCUAUUUUCGGCCAGCGACGACGGUGAACUAACCGACGGAAUCGCGACGCGGCGACCGUGGAGCAAUGUGUCCCAGUCUUCGUCGCUUGAGACCGGACCUUUGUCCUUCUGGUGGGGAACGGGAGCAGAGAGAGAAACACACCUCAACGGCGAGGGCAUUAGCACCACGGCUAGCGGGUCGGAUGAGCUCGGCGGUGAUAUCGCUCUUGAUUUGUCUCGAAUGUCGCUGACUGGACGCAGCGCGGGGGAGCAGCAAGCGCGGUCGCCGCUCCUCGCCGUUCUUGCUUCGCACCUCAGCCUUCUCGGCCCUGCCGCCUGCUCCGUGAUUGGUCUACGGGUGGACGCGGAAGAGGAGGCUCGGGAUACACGGUGA